AUGUUGCUGUACUCCUCUACCUGCAUGGCCCUCUUCUCUCUGCUACUCUCUCCUGCCCUCAGCCAGUUAGAUCUCAACAGGUUAGAUGGGGACACAGCUGUCUGCCCUCCCAUGAGAAAUGGACAAGAUGACCUUCCAGGGUUUGAUCUGAUCACCCAGUUCCAGUUGGACGUUAUUCCUCUGAAGGGGGUGAGGAAGGUGGAGGGCUCCACUCCUCUCCAGGUGGCGUACCGCCUCGAUAAGGAGGCCAACUUCCAGAUUCCUACCAGGCUCAACUUCCCCCUGGGUUUCCCUGACGAGUACUCCGUCAUGGUCACGUUCCGUAUGAUCAAGAACACGGUGAACAAGGUGUGGAACGUGUGGCAGGUAGUGGACGAGGACGGCCGGAAGCAGGCGGGGCUCAGGCUAAAUGGAGACCAGCAAGCGCUGGAGUACUUCCUGAUGGGCCAGGAUGGCAACCUGCAGACCGUCACCUUCCCAGGGCUCUCUGUGUUGUUCAACACCAAGUGGCACAAGAUGAUGAUUGGAGUGGAGAGAGACCAGGUCACCCUGUAUGUGGACUGUCAGCCCGUGGACAAGAAGCCUAUCAAGGGCAAAGGCCCCGUCAACACCGAGGGAGAUACACUUAUUGGGAGGCUGGACGUUGAUGCUGAUGCUUCUGUUGUGUUUGAACUCCAGUGGAUGCUGAUCCAUUGCGACCCAAAGAGAGCCAAUAGAGAGAACUGCCAGGAGCUGCCUGCCAUAGAGAUGUAUGCCAAUGCUGAGCCUGACCCCAAGCCUGUCCCUGUCCCUGGCCCUCCCGGUUCCACUGGCCCCGAGGGGCCCCGGGGGCCACACGGAGAGGACGGCAGAGACGGGAGAGAUGGCCUUCCAGGUUCACCUGGCAGUGCUGGCACUACUGGGGCCAAAGGUGAGCAGGGGGAGAUCGGUUUGCCUGGACAGAGAGGCCUGCCUGGCUUACCAGGAGCUUCUGGAGUGCCUGGUUCAAUGGGCCCAAGAGGACCUGUGGGUGAGAGAGGACUUCAAGGUUUUCCUGGACCAGCAGGCCCUCCCGGCCCUGAGACAGCUGGACCUCCCGGCCCACCUGGGAAAGCAGGAACUCCAGGAGACGAGGGGAACAUUGGGCCUGAGGGUCCCCCUGGGCCUAGAGGGGGUCUGGGUCUCCCUGGUCCCGCUGGUCUACCAGGACCACCUGGACCUGUGGGACCACCUGGGGCUGGAAAAGCUGAGGGGAGUGGGGAUGAUUGCCCUGCUGCCUGUCCAGCUGGACCACAGGGAAACCCAGGGUUGUCAGGGAUGAAGGGACACAAGGGAUUACCAGGUGAUAAUGGAGCUGCAGGGGAAGCUGGACAAAAGGGUGAGCCCGGACCAUCUGGGGUGCAGGGCCUAACAGGCAAGAUGGGAGAUGAUGGACAUAGAGGUACUAUUGGUUUUCCUGGUAGUCCUGGAGAUAAAGGAGACAGGGGUCCCCCUGGUUUCAACGGCAUCCCAGGACCCACCGGACCACCGGGUUCUCCUGGUAUGGAGGGCAUUCGUGGACGUCAGGGUCUGGAGGGAGAAAAAGGCGAUGAUGGAGCCAUCGGUCCUCAGGGAGAUCAGGGUCCUGUUGGUGCAAAGGGAGACACUGGUACUCCUGGGGCAGAUGGCAUGGAUGGACUCCCUGGAGUGGAUGGAGCUAAGGGAGAAGCUGGCGUUCCUGGGACUGUAGGAAUCAGGGGUGUCGUCGGAAUUCCAGGCUUCCCAGGAGAGCAGGGGCUGGUUGGAGCUGGAGGUGCCAAGGGUGACACAGGAGCUGACGGACCAGUAGGACCAAUCGGAGUUCCUGGGAAAACAGGGGCGACUGGAACAGCAGGAGAAGAUGGGAAACCAGGAGACAAAGGAACUACUGGCGAGACAGGAAAGCAGGGACCAGUGGGGGUCACAGGUGAUACAGGCAUGCAGGGUGACAAAGGGGACAAAGGUGACACUGGUGAAAAGGGACUGAAGGGUCACACUGGAUACAAGGGAGACCAAGGCCCUAUUGGUCCCAAUGGCCCAAAGGGAAGUGAAGGUGAUCCAGGUCUUACAGGCAAUUCUGGAGUCAAGGGAGACCAGGGUCCUUCUGGUGUUCCUGGAAUCAAAGGAGAGGUUGGAGAGAAGGGCAUGAGGGGAUAUACCGGGGAAAAUGGUAGACCAGGGCAGCCGGGUCAUGAGGGUUUGACCGGUCCCCAGGGAUCCAAUGGACUGGAGGGAGAGAGAGGGUUACAUGGAUCACCUGGGCCUAGAGGCCUACCUGGUCCUAAAAUGAAUGAUAUCAAACUUCGCGAACUAUGCUCAGCAAUUGUUGAAGAACACUUAGCAGAGUUUAAGAAAGAGGUCCUAAAGAAUCCAGCAGCGAUCGGGGCCCCUGGCAUGGCAGGACUGCGGGGCCCCGCAGGUCCACCGGGCCCAGCAGGGACUGCAGGAGAGGCCGGUCCCAGAGGACCGAUGGGAAUGAAGGGACCACCUGGAUACUUUGGGUUACCAGGCACACCUGGAAACAAGGUAGGACUAGGUGACGCUGGUAUAAAGGGAGAUACAGGACAUAAGGGAGAAAACGGAGUGGGAAUCCCAGGAAGUCCAGGCGAGCCAGGCCCACAAGGUGUGGCUGGCGUCCCUGGCAUCGGGAAGGACGGUAAAGAUGGAGCUCCCGGUAAAGACGGUGUUAAUGGUAGCCCAGGUGCCUCUGGUUCCAGGGGAGCUACAGGAGCCCCAGGCUAUUGUGACCCCUCAAACUGUAUAGGCAGGCCCCCACCUCUCUACAUGAUGAGUGGGGGGAAGAAAUCCUUCAGCUACAGCAAGGGGCCGUGA